AAUGAGAGAAAGUCAUUGCACAUCUCGCGUCCUGGCAUACCUCAUGUUAUUUCCUGUUUUGUAAAGACUUUUAAGUGUGCUGAGACUAAAUUUACCAGUUUUUACUUAUCCUACAGUUGAAAUUCAUCAGAAUUAGGAUUAUGUGGCAUCGCAAUAUAAAAAGCUAAUUUAGCGCUAAUUGUGCUAAAACUUGUAUGUACCUUUUCAAUAGACUAAAAUGGAGGUAAUCUUUGCCAUGAGCAGGUGUAUUGGCUCCAUACAGCACCUAAAGAGCAAGUAUGGUGGAGGAUAUACGCUGGAGAUUAAACUGAAGGGUGAGAUGACAGAAGCACAACAAAUAUCUAACAUUCAUGAUAAAAUAAUGCAAAUAUUUCCACAAGCUUCUCGCCAGGAAAGUUUUGUUGCAAUGUUGACGUACAAAAUUCCCAAGAACGAUGUUAAGUCUUUGUCAAAGGCAUUUUCCAAGCUUGAAGAAGCCAAACACAGUUUUGAUAUCGAAGAAUAUAGUUUCUCGCAGUCCACACUGGAACAGGUUUUCAUGCAGUUUGCUAAAGAACAAGAAAAUAAUGAAGAGGAUUAUAAAACCUUGGAUACAAGCUUUCGAUGGCAGCAGCUUCAACAAAAUGAAUGUUAAAGAGGUUCAGAGUUGUUCUACUGCCUUAUAACAGGGAAACCUCAAUAUAUUAUUCAGUUGAUCUUUAUUAAUUCAGAUUUCUUGAUUGAUUGCUGAAGCACUGCCUAUAACAUUUUGAUGGGAUACUGCACCAAUUGAGGAAUAUAGUGAGAACAGCCUAAUUAGCUGUGCCUGAACUGAUAUUUAUCAAGACUCUCAGUGGCAUAAACAAGGUGAAAAGGAAGUGCAAAAGAGAGUUAUGUACCUACAUUUACAACUGUUUGUACUUGACAACAAUGCUGGAAGUUACUGAAAAUGUUGUUUUUGUUUACCUUUUUUUAAAUUGGAGUUAGGAUAUCAAUACACAUGUAUUAAUACACAUUCAUGGCAGUAACCAUUUCCUUAAUUUGUUAUAACAAUGCCUUUAAUAUACAAAUUCCUUCUAUUUGUACAUUAACUGUACCAGUGACUUUCAACAGGGUGUAUUGUACAUGGCAUUCUCACCUUUUCACUAUUGACACUGACAACUAAAGCCAUAUUUUAAAACCAGAUCUGACAAUGUGAAGGCAUUUGUCUUUCUGAUUUGCUGAAGCUUCAGUUCAUGCAUUUCUAACAUAUACACCUAGAAAAAAGUGAACAUUUUAAGGCCGUAACUUUUUACUGGAUAACAAGUAGAUUUGUUUCCAAAGUAGUGGAGUUGGUUAAAAAAUUAUUUAUUAUUACAUUGUGAUAUUACUUUUGUAUACUUUUGCAUCUUUAAAAAUCUUGGCUUGAACACACAAUAUUUUCAUGGUUUAAAAAGGAAUGGAUGUUGACCUAUAUUAAUCAUAAAUCCAGGAUUUAACAGGUCAUAUUUGUAACAAUUACUACCAUCCUUUAGAUCUCCUUUUAAAAUGAAUCCACAAUGGAUUUCAUCUCAGCCUUCAACAUUUACAAAUUAUUUGAAAUAUAAUGUUUCAUUUUUUAAAUCUUAUAACCAGAAUAUUAUGUGUAAUUCAUCCCAAAGGUACAAGAAAAAUGAGCAUUCUGUGGUAUUUAUUGGCUUCUUAAUCAUACUAAGCCAUUCUUUAUGGCUUCUUAAUCAUACUAAGCCAUUCAUCAGAAUCUGCUUUACAUUAUACUGCACGCAUGCUGGAAGAAUGUCAAAUAUAGUAUGUGCUAUAACAUGUCAUUGACUGUGGACUGUUUUUAAAGAAAAAACAUCAGACCAAUCACUCUGUCCCAUCAUUCCUUUUUUGAAAGAACCAGAAGUAGCUACCACAAUACAGACAGCAAGACACUAAAUUAGUCAAUUGCCAGUCUCUUGCAAACUAGCUACAUUUUUGUCAGCUUCAAGCAAAUUGCUUUCCAAAAGCUGUAGCACAACAUAAAUUAUCGCCAACAUUUUCAAAGUGGGGAUCUCACUAGAACAGAAAUUAUCAGGAAGUAACUUUUCUUAGCAUCAGCAAUCACAUCUGAGUGGUACUUUGCUGUAUUUCAUUAAUAAAGACCAACUGGUAUAUUACCACUAAAUAAGAUUUUAUAAUCACUUUGCACUGUGCAACUUGUACACCUUUUGUUUGUUUUGGGUGUUUUAUGCCUUUUAGUUUGGAAUGCUAAUGUUUGAGUGUUAUUUAGUGUAAACGAGCAGUGUAUUGUGUAACUUUGUUUUUAAUUUUAUAAUUCAAUGUGCAACUAUUGCUUUCUU